AUGACAAAAAAUACAAUUUAUUAUGUAAUUGCAUGCAAUCGCUUGGCGAAAAAUAAGGAAGCAUUAUUUCAUUUUAAUUGUUGGGUUAAAAAUGGAAAACAGGUGGUGAUAUUAUCAUUUCUACCUGAUAUAGCUGGAAGAGUAGGAGUAGUAAAAUCCAAUAAACAUCAAUUAAGUACCAUUAUCUCACGUGAAAAUAUGCAUCGAUUUUCGGCAUGGUUGCAAGCCGGACUCGUCCAUUUGGCCGAUACCGGAAUGCUCCCGGUAAAAUUGCUGCAAACUUCCGGUCUAUGCCAUCUAGCUAAGUACAGCACUUCUUCAUUAUUCUAUCCAGUUAACAACUGUAUAUUGCGGCGGUUGGAGACAAUAUGA